AUGUUGUGUGUGAAAAAUCAAACCACAAACCAGCAAAAUGUAAAAAUUUUGAGGAACCUUUCAGACCUCCUCGACACCCACCAGGACCGACCGACCGAAGUCAGACAUCGAGACCAGACCGGAACACUCACACUGCAAGCAGUAGGUGUAACGGUCGAGGCGGAAGUAAAAAGGCUUCACUUUAGGGCAUCGAGGACAUGUAGUCAUCAGCAAGGGUGGAGAUUCUGUGGCUCUUAUAAAGAGUUUAGAAAGGAGACGUCUACUCUAAAGAGAUUCUUUGAACUGCAGGUAGAAGAAAAGUCAGCAAGGCCCAGAGGAUGGACUUUUUAA